UACGGAAUAAUAAAGAUUAAUAUUAUAAGCAACAAAUUAUAAAAACUAAAUAUUACUAUUAAAAAAUAGAAUCGAAGAUGGAUAAUUCACAGAAAGCAAGUUACCAUGCAGGUGAGGCCAAGGGCCAAAUGCAGGAGAAGAGCAACCAGAUGAUCGACAAAGCUAAGGAUACUGCUCAAUCUGCAAAGCAAUCCAUGCAAGAGACUGGCCAGCAGAUGGCUGCUAAAGCACAAGGAGCUGCAGAUGGGAUGAAAAAUGCCAUGGGAAUGAACAAGUGAAUUUAUAUAUAUAUUAUAUAAAUUUGGUGAUGGCAUAUUUAUAUUUUACUUUAAUAAUCAAUCUUUACCCUUUUU